AUUUCUUCCAAAUACGUAUUAACUUUAUAUUUGAAGAGAUAUUAAUCUAAAUUUACAAAGAAGAGAGUUAAGCAGGUCAACCCUCUAAAUUUCCAUCAGGGUGGCUUCAAGCACAAGGUAGAGUAAUAAGGAAAUACUGGAGACAAACAAUGAGAGAGCUCUUCUCCCUCAUUUCUAAAGAUAUGUAAAAACUCUGGUCUUCAUUUUUUUUUUCUGGUCUUUAUUUUCAAUAAAAAAUAUCCACAAAAGUAAACAUGAAAACAACCAGUUACUAGAAUAUAUUUUGACUUCAAGACUAGAAAGUAGGGUGUUUCUCCCAAAGCUGUGGCCCAGGACAUGGCGGCUCCUGGCCCUGUGACUCCGGGGGCACCCUUUGAACCAUCACAGCCCCCAGUAAUUGAGGGCUUUAGCCCCAGUAUCUACAGCACUCCAGAAAGCUUCAAGGAAAAAUUCCUUCGGAAGACCCGCGAGGACCCAAUGGUACCCAUAGGCUGCCUGGGCAAGGCGGCCGCCCUAACCUACGGCCUCUACUGCUUCUACCGGGGUCAGAGCCACUGCUCGCAGCUUAUGAUGCGCACCCGGAUCACUGCCCAGGGCUUCACGGUCGCAGCCAUCUUGCUGGGUCAGGCUGCAUCUGCGAUGAAGUCUCGAUCCUGAAAUCCUGGCCUUGAAAGUCACGCAGAGAUCACCCCCAGCCCCAAGAACAGCCACCAGUCCUGCCACCUGACUUAUUCCCUGGUCUCCCCUGACAAGCCCCUGUUUCAGCGGGGGAGGAAGUGGCCAAUUCUGUAACUGACAGGUUUUUCCAGGAAUCUCAGAUUCGGUUGAGUUUGGGUGUCGCAUACUGUAUUUGUGCCCCCACUUUCUCCAUUUACUACUUAAUAAACUGAUCCACUUGUAAAAAAAAAAAAAAAAGACUAGAAAACAUUUAACCAAACUGCAUAUUGAAACUAUA